GUCUUUUGUGCGAGUGGAGACAUAGGCUGCUGCAGGCGAGGAGAGUCGACCAAACGAGACACGGGGACAUGGACAACCUAGCCACCAUCAUCAAGGCAUUCUCCCUACUCGUCAUAGUUGCUGGUACUUUAGCUUUUCCGGCCAAAGAGGAUGAUGGGAGGAAACUUGAGCACGUGAUACGUCAGGUGAUCGCUAACCGGAACAACCUCGGAGCAGCAGUGAGGGCAUCAUCUGGUGACAGAAGCGCACUACUGGCUCAGAUAUUAGAUAUCGCACGUGCCAACUCGCAGAAAAGAAACAACACCCCAGUCGCAUACGCUGGUAUUGGUGGAGGAAACGCAGGCAGAAGGUUAUUCCGGGGAAGACGAGGAAUGAAUGAUAUAGAUCUUAAAGACAGACUUCAAAUACUGGCCGAUGAACUUCAAGCCAUAGCACGUGAUCUUGAUGACGUCAUUAGGCUGGGUCAGCAGUGAUGGAUACGUUCCAUGUGCCUGUAUACAAGAAUAGACGACGUUUCAGUGUGUGAGACUUGGAACAUUCGUUAACACGCAAAUAUGUAACAUAUUUCAUCCAUUCUCAAUGAUGUCGAUAUAAUUUCUGAGUACUUGGUGCCAAUCCCCUCUCCUCCACAACACGCUCCCUGCCCAGGCCCGCCCGCAGCACAGCCGCAGUUGAACAUCCUACUUUGUACACAGACAGGAAGUGAACGCAGAGUUGUCUGUUGCCAUGGCAACGACCUUGAACUGGGUUCAGCAAUGUAUAUUUUCAGAGUGUAUAUGAGAAAUAAAUAUGUUUGUGAAAACG